AUGGAAGAAACGUUAAACUUGGAUCAAGUUUUCUAUAGAUGCGAGAAAGGUUUCAUUACCACCAAACGUAAGAAAAAUAAGGAAUCGAAAAGUGAACAUUUUCUUGCAGAAUUUAGCAUCCAAGUUGUCAUCUGGUUUAACAAAUACGGAGGGGAUUCUGAUGAGUCUUGUGAAGAUCAAUCCACCUCUUCAAUUCCUUCUCAACCAUUAAAGAAGAAACGAGGAAAAAUUUCUCAAAAUGCGUGUAAUAAAUGUAAACGUGAUAAGAAAAAGUGUGAUGGAAAUUAUGCAACACAAUCAUCUUGUACUUAUUGCCUUGAUCAUAAUGAAAAAUGUAUUUAUCCAGAACCUGGAAGGAGACGACCAAGGAUCAAUACAGAUUUAAUUGAUUAUCAAUCACGUGGUGAAUUCAUAGAAAGUACUUUGGUGAAUUUGACAAGAUUCAUUGCAAACUUAUCAAAUCUUAACCAAGUUAGUAAUACGUUAAGAGAUCAUUUUUUUCAAUUGUUUGUACAUCCUUUGACCACAAUAGAACAAUUUUUAUUAUUGAGAAGAUUAUGGAAUGAAAUUAAUGAUAAUCCUAAUGACAAUCGAUUUAACGUUGAAAAUUUACAAUCAAUUUUAUUGGUUUUGACAAUCCUUAUCCAAAAUCGAGAAGAAUCUGUCCAGCAACAUUUCUGGGAACACGUCCGACAGAUUGUUGAUAACGUUAUAGGGGAUGUUCAAAACAUGACCCCUUCUUCCACUUCCUCCACUUCCUCACUUGCCAUUCAACCUUCCAUUUUUCCACAUAACAUUCCUGAAAGUUCUGAUGUUUUGCCACCAGAUUUUUUGCAAAUGAAUUAUACAACGGUUCAAUAUGAUAAUAAUGAUCCGGGUAACUUUCAACAUCAUUCCACGAGUCAAUUAGAUAAGUUCUUCACUCCUUUGGUAGAUAACGUUGAAUACGUUGACGACGAUCCACGACAGUCGGUGCAAAAUUCUUCAACGCAGCAGGACCAAGAAAUCGCAAAACCUUCACAAAUUAUUCAAAAAACUCAAGAGGAUCCAAUUGAUAAUUCCAUCAUUACACCAAAUUUAUUUGAAAAUCGACAAAAUCCUUUACGUCCCGAAAACCAAUAUACGCCCACGAUUCCACAAUAUCAAAGACAACAACAUCAGGACAUGUUGAAUUUAUCUUAUGAACAUUGGAAUAACACUGGUUUAUUUGCAAAUCAGCAAAUCUCUCAAUCAACAACUCCACAACAAUCUUUAACACGUGAACAAUCUCCACAGAAUGAAAAUCCUCUUCCUCUUUUUAACAAUUUGAAUCCACCUGAACAACUAUCUUAUUUCCUUAAUCCCAGAGUAAAUAACGUUAUUGAAGAUCAUAAUCAUCAUACAGACUCAGUUGAUAUCAAUUUAAUUUUAGGCAUGAGUGGUCACCUCGAAGAACAAUAA